UGCCGGAGGUCCCUGGAGGAAUGAUUAGCAGGAGGCAUCCGGGUCCAGGAAUGGCUCACCUGGCUCACCUGGGGAUGCUAUUGCUUAGGGAGGGGAGAUUCAAGGGCAAAGUCCCUGCUCAGAAAGGCAGACCACGUGAUCCUGGGCAAGGCAAGGCAUGUAGGGCAAAGCCAGUGGCAGAGGCCAGCCUUGUCCUGGAUCCACUGGUUGAGAAAAGGAUUCUGCUCAGGAAGGAGAGGCAGGAAUUGUGAUCAGGGCACAAGUCCCCUGUAGGGGCAGAGUCAUGGAGCUGUCCAGAGACCAUCAGCAUGGCUGCGGCAGCCCCUGGAAAAGGUUCCUGCUCAUAGCUAUCCUGCUGAGCUUCUGGACUCACCCAGGAUUUGCUGAGAUCUUCAUCAACACAGUCCCAACCCAACCUAUGGAAGGAGGCAACAUGCUUUUGAUUGCCUUGAACACUCCAGAUGAUAUCCUCAAUGCCACCUGGUAUUCUUGGUUCCGGCCCUGGUAUCCUGCCAUGAUCGUCAGUUGCAUCCCCACUAACAGGACAGGCCCCUGUGCCCAAGUCUUCAGUCCUGCCCACACCACGAGAAAGAUUCUGACACACUGGAACAUCUUGGAAAUCAGAAACCUCACUCUCUCUGACACUGGUUUCUACUCCUUGCUACUGGACACUGAGUCAGGACCAAGGAAUGCAUCUACCUACAUCAAAGUGAAGCAAGCAGAUGACUCCAUUUCAAAGCCCAAAAUCUCAGCCAACACGACUGUUCCUGUGGCGGAGAUCGAUUCAGUGGUCUUCACCUGUCACACCAACGCAACCAACGUCAAGAUCCUCUGGUUCAAUGGUGGUGUGCUGCUGUCAGGUGGAGAGCGCCUGGAGCUGUCCAGCGACAACAGGACUCUGACCAUCUUGAGGGUGACCCUAGGAGACCAGGGGCUGUACUACUGUAGGGUGGAGAACAACCUCACCAGCGCCACAAGUGAUACCAUCCAACUGACUGUGAACUAUAGCCCUUCCCAGAUAUUUUUGUUUACCCAUCCAACACGAAGUUAUGAAAAUGUUAUCACAAGUGACCUCAACUACUCCGUGGUCUUGAACUGUGAAGUUAGUGGAAGCCCCAGCCCCCUGGUCUUCUGGUUCUUUAAUGGGACUGAGUGUUGGAACAGAUCCGUGUACGUCAUUCAGAGACUGAGCCCGAAGGACCUGGGCAAUUACUUCUGCAUGGCUCGGAACAGCGUGGGCCAGCAAACCUCCCCUUCCAUCCAAGUGCGGCUGCCUCAGGACAACAGUGACAUAGAGCCCAUCGAACCCGACCCCAUCUACUCCCUCUCUGGAGCUCCUGCCAUCUGCCUGACUGUCGCAGGAAUUGCAGGGAUAAUCUUUUUCAUUGGGGGCAUGACAUACUCUGUGCUCAACAGGAAAUCAGUGAGGAAAGGAAAGAGCCAAGAAUGUGGGUGUAUCUAAGCCUGGAAGACCCAUCCCUUCAGCCCAAGAGAUCUGGGCCAACUGAAUUCCAGAAGGCAAAGGAGGAGCACAUCAGCCCGCUUGGGGGGACCCUCAAUAAAAAGCAAUGAACCAACCAACAUUCCAACUCUCCUACUUUGCUAUAUAACCUUGAAAAAAAUCAGUCUAUUUCUCUGAACCUCAGUUUCCUCAUCUGUAAAAUAAGAGGAUUCUACUCAACACUCCCUGGGGACCCAGUCAGUUCUAAAUAGAUUCAGUCUGAGAGGCAGCUGAGUAGUUCAGUGGAUUGAGUCAGGCCCGGAGACCUGGGUUCAA